GCACAAGUUCGAGAACAAACACGACAAGCGUGAGGAGCAGGUGUUGCGCCUCCGCGUGGACAUCGCCGAUUUCGACCUCGCUGGAUUUCUUGGUCCGGCAUUGGAGGCAGAUUCGCUCCCCCGUGCAUCCGAUUUUCGAAGCGACGCGCUGUCGCUCAGCGGAGCAGCUGGCUGCCUGGGCCCUGCAGAGCGACUGGAGGAGCUCUGGCGGACGGCUGCUGAGUUCCAGUCAAGCGGUACCUGGCCUCCCGUUCGUCUGGGCGCCUGUGCCAAACACCUCUGUGGUGGCGCCACAGACAUCGCUCUUCGAUCUCUCAAGGAAUCGCAAAGGCAGCCUCUCAAACCCG